AUGGAGCUUUCGCACUCCGGGGGCGGCUUUCGCUCGCGCCGCUCUUAUCCCUCACUAAACCAUGCUUCCCUAGCUCCCUUGACAUCUCGAUUCCCCAUUGAUGACGAUGUCGAGCAUCAGGAUUACUUUACCCCCAGAGCUGAAGAUGCUGAGUCCUACCACAGCGCCCAUGAUAUCCCCGCAAAGACUUCGUAUCUCUCUAGUUACUCCGUUCCCGGUACCCCAGGUCUCUUGUCUCACUCCCGCAGCGGGUCCAGGGCCCGACACCACCAGCGGAGUAAAAGCUCGACCCGCGCACACCUGAGCGACACCAACCUCGAAGGUCAAGAUGAUGCCCAACCAUUUCACCACCAAACGCCGAGGACGAAGCGACACUCAUCUCGUCCUCGCCCGUCAGACUCAGCUGGUCGUCGCGAUGCAGAGUGGAUGCUCCGCGCUGGGAUCGCACUAGCUUCGUCGACCCGAGAAGAGAAGGGCCAGAGUUGGCUCGCGAAGCGAGAGAGCUCGACUAGUCUAGUUGAUGAAGGUAACUACGACGUGGAGUCCCCUGGUCACUUUAGCAAAGUGACUAGGAAAUCCAGAUCUGGGCGGUCAACCCCGGCGGCCUCUCGGUCGCGCGUUGUUAGUAGAAGGGGCAGUCGGCCUGACCUUGCCAUGACCGGCCUCGAGAUGACCUCUACUAGGCCGGGUGAUAGCGGCAGUCUAGAGAGUCCUGCGCUUGAUGUGCGACAUUUCAUCCCGGAUUUUGUGGACGAGCGUAUCCGUGCGGAGAUGGCGAUUCUUCAACAAGAGGAAUAUACCUCUGAUUCUGACGAGUACUCUGACUCAGAGGAUGAUAUCGAUGAGCUGGAGUUGCAGCGCUUGACCCGAGAGCGCGGUUUUGGGUUGGGCAGCUGGUUUGAUCGCAUGGUGGAAUGGACAGUAUUUGGUGUUGACGACUGGCCACUUUCUUAUUCCAGCGGGCCUGUUGACCAGGCUCCCAAGAAUGUUGAGUGGGCAGAGCCUAGUGCCGCUGAUGAAGAUGACGACCAGGUAUCCAUAUCAGGACGCACUGAUAGGACUGAUGGUGCGUCGACCAUUGGCGAUCCUGAGGACCCGACAGUGAUAGACAAACCAGGCGACCAUGGGGGCUGGGAAGAUGCAUGGUGGCUAUUUGGUGUGAUGAAGCGUACGCUGUUAUGA